AUGGAGUCUGCCCAGCCGGGGGAAACGCAACCGAGCGCCCAAGGCCCCUCCGACGAUCCCACCACCGCCACCACCACGACAGCAACCACGGUCGCAGGCACUACCCCGCCCCCGAAACGGCGAUGGAGGCGCAAUCGCAUCGCCUGUGAUUCCUGUCACUCGCGCCGCGUGCGCUGCGACCGCGCCUUUCCGUGUUCGCGGUGUCUGCGCAGCGACAUUCGCUGCGAGUUCACUCGGGAGCGGCGAAAGCGUGGUCGCAUUGCACGGUCUCGGCAGACGGAGAAUACUGGGACGGCGGGGGCCAUCACGACAGAGAAAACCACCGCGACAACGGCGACGAAGCCGCUUCCCCCCUCCAUCGAGUCGGUCCUCACUCCGAUCGCCCAGCAUGAGUCGCCGUCGUCGACCUUCCCCCAUCGGUCGCCAGCCACGAACGAGAUGACCGCAUCCGCGGCCAGCGUCGAUGGGCGUCGCUCGCAGGCGGAGAUUUCGCUCCCUCCGCCACAGCCGCGCCGGUCCGUCCCCGACGGAAAUAACAAUGCGACCGAGGAGUGGUUGUCUGGCACCCACGUCUCCCCCGGGUCGUAUGAGUUCCUGGGGGGCGGAGGUUUGGGGGACGGUCCGUUUCCCCGGAUGUUCGACGUCUGGAAUGGAGUCGAUCUGGCUGGGUACGGUGCGCCGACGCCGCGCGGGAACAAGCCCAGCAGUAUCGGACAGCCACCCCCGGUAGCCUUGAAGUAUCCGGUGCUCCAACCGCUCAUGCCCUUUUUGGACGCCAACAUGCCGCGGCGGUUGGUUUUUGAUUUGCUGGAGCUGUACUUCACGAGCGCCUUUUCCACCCACAUGCACCCCGUGUGCCACCAUAUCCACUGCUAUGUCCUCCGGAAGGCGUCCUUUCUCAGUCGCGACAAUCCGCGGCCCAGCAGCCCGGCGCUCCUGGCAAGGGACUGGUCGGUCCGGCCGGAUCUCUCGAUGAUGUUAUUACCUAUAUCCAUGUCGCCUCGAUCAUUUUCUUCCAGUGAACAAAAGGCUGCCAGCAUGCGAUGGUGGCAUGCCGCGUUUACUCUCGCACGAGAACUCAAGCUCAACCAGGAGAUCGAGGUGAUGCCCAGUGUGGACAGUCAUCCCGAGGGAUCUAGUCCGUCGUUUGACUAUUCGCUACCUGGCUGGAGCGGUGUCGACACGGGGCCCUUGUUCGACUAUUCCAAUCCGACGCGCCCGAGCUUGAAUUGUGUGUGUGACCGUGGGCAUGAUGCUCACAACACCAUUACGGAGGAGCACCGCGAGGAGCGCCGACGGACGUGGUGGCUGUUGUACAUCAUGGACCGGCAUCUGGCGCUCUGCUACAACCGCCCGUUGGCGUUGCUGGAUGCAGAAAGCGAGGAUCUCCUCCUCCCGCUCGAUGAAGGGUCCUGGCAGGGCGGCAAUAUCCACAGUAACAGCCCGAAGCCGGAUGGGCCGCAGUGUCCGCUGUCAGGCGACAAGAACAAGCGACGGGUGUUUCCCAACUUCAUCUGCCACGACCACUCCAUUUUUGGGUUCUUCCUGCCGCUGAUGACCAUGACCGGCGAGUUGAUCGACCUGAACCAGGCGCGCAACCACCCGAUGCUCGGGGUGCGACUCCACGGCAAGGACGCGUGGGACGUGCAUGUGAGUGAGGUGCUGCGGCAGCUGGAGAUCUACAAAGCGAGCCUGACGACGUUUGCCGCGACGGCGUCGGACCCGGAAGCACCGUUUUCCACGGCAUACCCAGCGCCCAAGCCGGAUCAUCCGGUCGACCCGGCGCUGGCCCAGGCGUACUCGUGGCACACGCAGACGGUCAUCUCGUACGCGUCGUACCUGGUGCAUGUGUUGCACAUCCUGCUGGUCGGCAAGUGGGAUCCGGUGUCGCUGAUCGAAGACAAAGACUUUUGGACGUCAUCCCCGGCGUUCGCGUCGACCAUCUCGCACGCGCUGGAUGCGGCCGACUCGGUGAACCAGAUUCUGCGCUUCGACCCGGACAUCAGCUUCAUGCCGUAUUUCUUUGGGAUCCAGCUGCUGCAGGGGAGUUUCCUGCUGCUGCUGAUCGUGGAGCGGCUGCAGAAGGAAGCGGGCGAGGGCAUCUUGAAUGCGUGCGAGGUGAUGAUCCGGGCGACCGAGUCGUGCGUGGUGACGCUCAACACCGAGUACCAGCGCAACUUCCGGCAGGUGAUGCGCAGCGCGGUGGCACAGGCCCGCGGGCGACCGGUGAAUCACAGCGAGAUUCGACAUCGACGCAAGGCGGUGCUGGCGCUGUAUCGGUGGACGCGAAAGGGGACGGGGUUGGCAUUGUAA